CAUUUUAGUACCAGACUGUCGAGAGAUUUUACUGUAGUUUCUUUUUUUUUACCAAACGCGCUAUCUGUCAAGCAAUUAAAAAGAGAAACAUAUGUAUAUGUAAAGGAGUGUGAGAUCAGUCAUCCUGCAUUCGUAUGAUCGGUUAAUCGCACAAGAUUUAAUAUUGUAUUUAUACUAUUGGUCGUUGGAUACUAUCGCAAAUAAUUUUGUGUAUUUUGAUUAUGGAGAGCAAAUUACUUAAUUCUGCAGCUGAUAAACCACCUCCUUAUUCUUCUUCAACUGCGCCAACGGAAAAUGCUUCAUGGCAACCACCUCCUGGAUAUUAUCCUAGUACAGUGAUCACGUCGAAUCAGGACAAUCAUGUGCCAUCCUAUGGUGCUAUUCAAUCUACUACAAUUUUAGUACCAGAAAUUAUUCUUGUUGGAGGUUGUCCAGCAUGUAGAGUAGGGAUUAUGGAAGAUGAUUAUACAUGCUUGGGUCUACUAUGCGCCAUUUUAUUCUUUCCAAUUGGAAUAAUAUGUUGUCUUUUAUUAAAGACACGUCGUUGUUCUAAUUGUGGUGCAUAUUUUGGUUAACAAUUUAAUGUUUUAUAUAUAUAUAUACAUAUAAAUAUAUGUUAUUGUAUUAAAUAUUGUUUAGAAGAAGAACUUUAUGGUUCAUAACAAAGGUAGGCCUAAUAUUAUAGAUAUAUGAGUAGGUUCCUAUGACUUCUAAAGAUGUUUGCUGCAAUUAUUUUAUAGAAAGAAACAACAGUUUUUUAUUAAAAAUAAUGAUAAUAUAAUUAAUAAGAGAAAGAUGAUAACGUUAUAUAUGCCUUUGCAUUCCAAGAAACAAUUUUGAUUAAUAUAAUGAGUUAUGCAAAUGUAAAGUAGUUUUGAUUGGAAAUCAUAUUUAAGUAGGAGAUGAAAAUAUAAAUUUUAUAUGAAAAGAGAAUAUCUAUCCGUAUACAAUUUUGUUGUUUUUUAAUACUUUAGACAAAAUGUAAACUUUGCGCUACCACCUUGAAUCUCUAAAAUUCUUGUUAAGUGAUAGACAUUCAUUUAUAUGUAAUUAAUAUAUGCAAGUAUUUCAUGUUACUUUAUUAUGUAUAAAGUUUCUUUUUGAGCAUUUUGAACAAAUCUGUAUUAAUAAUAAAAACUAUUAGAUAAUAUUAUUAUUAAUAUAGGGUCAUAACUUGGAAUAAAAAUUAAAUCGUUAUAUUUUUAAACUCACUUGUGAUACAAUAACAAUAGAGUUUAAUUAAUAACGUAACGUAUUAUGCGAGAACGAACGAUAAUUGUUUUGAUAGAUAUUUACCAAAGAUAAAUCUUAUUUUCGCAUUUUUAAAAAUUUAUUUUUGAUAAAAGAAGAGAAUUUUGCAAGGCAUUUGUUACUUGAAUAGAGAGAUAAAGUAAAAUAAAAAAGGACAAAAAAAGAUGAGAAAAUAAAACCGAAUAGUAUUCGAAAUCGAUAUAAUAUGAAAGUUACCCAUGCGUCAUCCUUACGAAUACCCCGUCCUUUCCUUGUAAAUCGUGUUUGAACGAUCGUUCGUAGACGGGGGAAUUCCCUUGCGCAUUGAGGACGUAAAACAUUUGAGCGAAUUCCGAUGAAACCGUUACGAUGAGAAAUUAAUGAGUUUGCGAGAAAUAAAUAAAUCAAUAAAUAAUACAUAUAUAUAUAUACGAAUAUACACUUAUAUAUACAUAUAUACACACACACAUAUAUAUGUAUAUAUAAUAAUAAUAAUAAUAAUAAUAAUUGUAAUAUUGUGAUGCUGCGCACGUAUCACAUUUUUCAAUGUAACAAUAUGAUACAACAAUUAAUAUGUUUGUUUUGUUUAUAAACUGUAAAAAAAAAAGAAAAUAAUAAGAAAACAAGAAAAGUCAAAAAUAAAAUAAAUAUAUAUUGUGCACCA